CUUUGAAAUUUUUGUUUGAAUACCGUGGAGUUCGAUGGAUUCAUUCAAAAUCUGAAAACCCUUGAAUUUGUAAACUCUUUUAGAAUCUUUUCUGCUACCUUGAUAAACAAUUCAGUAAGUAAGGUUUUGGUUUUAAAUCUUUGAAGCCUGGAUUGCUUUUUCAAGGUAGUAGUUUUUUCUUUAUAGGCCUUGACUCAGACAGGGAACCCCAUUUCAGUCUUCUAAUUCUUCCGUGUCUAUAUUUGUAGCUCAAUUGGUUAAGAACAAUCACCUGCACCUCCCACGUUCGGUUCUCACUUCCCCCAGUACCAUUGUAUAUAUAUCAUCUGUAGAUUUAUCAACAAACUUAUUCUGAACUUUUUACUUUUCUAGGUGGAGAAGAUUCCUGAAUCAUUCAAUUCAGUUCGGCAUUAUUUUGGGUCCUAUUCAUUUCCUUUAUUAGAGGAAACUCGUGCACAAGUGCAGUCGAGUAUGGAAACUAUUGACAGAGCACCAUUUGCUGUAGCAGUUGCUUUUAAAGAAUCCAAGUCCAAGUUAGAUGAAACAUGGAUAUAUAAUAUCAAGGUUGAUGAGUGGCGAAACAGGUUCAGCGAACGUGGAAAGGAACCAUACAAAACUUUGCCUGGGGAUCUUUUUGUCUUAGCUGAUGCGAAACCCGAAACUGUUUCUGAUUUACAAAGGGUAGGGAGGUCAUGGACUUUUGUAUCGGUCACUAACAUCACGGAAAAUAAAAUCUCAGAAAAUAAGAGAGAAGAUGAAUUUAAUGAUGAGAUAAUAGAGACUGAAAUAAAAGAGUUUGAAGUCAAGGCAUCAAAAAGGUUUAAAGUCACAGAUAACAAGAGCACUCCGGCAUCACAAUUUGUUGUUUUCCUUGUGAAUUUGAUCACAAAUGGCAGAAUAUGGAAAGCAUUGCACAUGUUCGGAAAUCUGAAGAUAAUCAAAGAGGUUCUGUGCACUGAUUCUGUGGCUCAGAAAAACUAUCCUCCCUCGUAUGAAGUGAAUGCUGACAUUAGGGAUAAAUUGUUAGUUGAGAAUUCAUGUUCUGGAUUGAAUGAGUCACAAACUGGGGCAGUUUUGGCCUGUCUUGAAAUGCUGUUUUGUGAUUCCAAGUCUACAUUGCAACUCAUUUGGGGUCCACCUGGGACUGGGAAAACUAAAUCAACUGCUACUCUGCUAUUGACCCUGUUAAGGAUGAAUUGUAGGACUCUUGUUUGUGCCCCAACAAAUGUUGCAGUAACUGAAGUAGCUUCUCAUCUUGUAGAGAUGGUGACUGAAGCAGAGUCCAAUGCUUUGUUUUGUCCUCUGGGAAAAAUUCUUUUAUUUGGGAAUAAAGAGGGACUCAAAGUUGGUUCUGAUAUUGAAGAUAUAUUUUUGGAUCACCGUAUUGAAAGUCUUUUUGAGUGCCUGGGGCCGGUGACAGGUUGGAGUAGUUGCUCGUCUUCCAUGAUUGGACUUCUUGAGGAUUGUGUUUCACAUUACCAUAUUUUCUUGGAAAAUGAGUUAGCCAAAGAGGAAGAACAAAAUGGUGAGGGUGAAAUGAUAGAGAAAGGAUGCGGAAGUGGGACCGAAGUUAGCAAGGGGAAAUGCAAAUCGUUUCUUGAAUUUUUCAGAGAGAGAUUUGUUUCUACUGCAUUACCCUUAAAAUGUUUUAUUUCUACCUUCUGUACCCAUAUAAGCCAAGAUUACAUUUCGGCACAAAAUUUCCAAGACAUGAUUUCGCUUUUAAGGUUAGUUGAUUCCAUUGAAAUACAAUUGUUGCAAGGUAAUGUUGAUUCGGAAGCAUUGGAAGAACUUUUCUCUUGUUCAGAAGUUGAAGAUGUGCCUGAGCCAGUAGACAACACAUUUUAUCUGUACAUGAAGAGAAGAGAGUGCCUUUCAGUAUUACUUACUCUUCAGGAUUCAAUUAGAAGACUUUACCUUCCAGAUGUUACGGACAAAAAAUCUGUAAUGAAGUUUUGUUUUCAAAGAGCUUCCUUAAUAUUUUGCACUGCAUCCAGUUCGUUUAAGCUGCAUAGAGUGAAAAUGGAGCCACUGACUAUUGUUUUUAUCGAUGAGGCUGCACAAUUGAAAGAGUGUGAGUCAGCGAUACCCCUGCAACUUCCAGGUGUGAAGCAUGCCGUUCUUGUUGGUGAUGAAUGUCAGUUACCAGCUAUGGUGAAAAGCAAUGUGUCCUAUGAAGCUGGUUUUGGAAGAAGCUUGUUUGAGAGGUUGAGCUCGAUGGGUCACUCUAAACAUCUUCUAAACAUGCAAUACAGAAUGCAUCCGUCAAUAAGUUCCUUCCCAAAUUCAAGUAUCUACUAUAACCAGAUCCUGGACGCUCCGAAUGUUAAAAGAAGAAGCCAUGAGAAACACUAUCUUCCAGGGUCAAUGUUCGGUCCUUAUUCUUUUAUUAAUGUAAUUGAUGGAAGAGAGGAGAAGGACGAGGAUGGACAUAGUCUAAAGAAUAUGGUAGAGGUUGCAAUUGUUUUGAAAAUACUGCAGAAUUUGCACAAAAAAUGGGUUGUUUCAAAAGAGAAGCUUAGUAUCGGUGUAAUAUCUCCUUAUGCAGCUCAAGUAGCUGCACUUCAGGACAAACUUGGACAGAAGUACAAUAAGCUAGAUGGCUUUAAAGUGAAGGUGAAGACAGUUGAUGGGUUCCAGGGUGGGGAAGAGGACAUAAUUAUCAUGUCCACUGUGCGAUCCAAUCAACAUCACUCACUCGGUUUUAUAUCGAAUCCACAAAGAGUAAAUGUUGCUCUUACUAGGGCUCGGCACUGCCUUUGGAUUUUGGGAAAUGAAAGAACUCUUUGUGGUAGCGAAUCUGUUUGGGAGGAUUUGGUCCUUGAUGCCAAGAAUCGGCGGUGUUUCUUUAAAGCUGAUGAAGACAAGGAUAUGGCCAAGGCUAUAUUAAAGGCAAAGAAAGAGUUAGACCAGUUUGAUGAUUUGCUUAAUGCUAACAGCGGACUUUUCAGAAGUUCUAGAUGGAAGGUGCUUUUCAGUGAUAAUUUUCUGAAGUCAUUCAGAAAGCUUAGGUCGAUUCAGUUGAAGAAGUCCGUGCUAAAUCUUCUACUGAAGCUUUCCUGUGGAUGGAGACCUAAAAAGGAAUAUAUUCCGACUAGUUCUGGCUCAUCAAUCUUGAGGCAAUAUAAAGUUAGAGGUCUAUAUAUUGUUUGCACAAUUGACAUUGCAAAGGAGUUGAAAUACAUUCAAGUGUUGAAGAUUUGGAACAUAUUGCCUCUAGAGGGCAUCCCAAAAUUGAUAAAUCGUUUGGAUAGUAUUUUCAAGAGAUAUACAGAUGAUUUUAUCAAUCGCUGCAAUGAGAAAUGUCUUGAGGGUGAUUUGGAAGUUCCGAAGUGCUGGCCGACGUCUUUGGAUGUGCCUCGGUUUAAAGAUCUUAGUGCCACUGAAACCGAUAGUGAUUUUGUUGGUGAUGCUUCUGAUGGUAGAAGUUAUGUUGAGAAUUCACAGGUCAGCGAGAGUUUGUUGCUCAUGAAGUUUUAUGCCUUGUCAUCUGGUGUAGUGAAUCACUUGCUGUCUGACCGUGAGGGUAAAGAGUUGGAUCUUCCAUUUGAAGUAACUGACCAGGAAAUGGAGAUUAUUCUUUAUCAUAAGAGUACCUUUAUAGUUGGACGGUCAGGAACGGGGAAGACAACAGUUUUAACCAUGAAAUUAUUUCAAAAUGAACAAUGUUACCAUUUGGCAGAGCAAGGAUGCGUUAGUAGUCCAAAUAGCAUGGUUGAGCCGAGUUCUUCGGCUAUUCGGGGGAGAAAUCUACACCAACUUUUUGUUACCGUGAGUCCUAAGCUAUGUUUUGCCAUAAAACAACAUGUUGUACACUUGAAAAGAUUUGCAUGUGGUGGAAGUGAUUCGACUAAGAAAUUUUUGAUUGAUAUGGCUGAUUUUGAUGAGGAGGAAUUUCAAUUCAAGGAUAUCAAGGAUUCAUUUCAGGAUAUUCCCCCCGAUUCUUACCCUCUUGUAAUAACAUUUCAUAAGUUCUUGAUGAUGCUUGAUGGAACACUGACUAACUCAUACUUUGAAAGAUUCCCUGAAGCAACAACACUCCCUCAUGGUCAUUUGAGAAGCUCAAGAUCAGUUGCAUUGCAGACCAUCUGGACAAAGGAGGUUGAUUAUGAGAGGUUCAGUUCAUCUUACUGGCCCCAUUUUAAUAAGCAGUUAACAAAGAAGCUUGAUGCUUCAAGAGUCUUUACCGAGAUUAUAUCCCAUAUUAAAGGUGGUUUAGGAGCCAUAGAAGCAGGUGAUGGCAGACUCAGUAGGGAGGAUUAUGUUCAACUGUCAGAGGGCCGGGUUUCCAAUUUAAGCAGGCAAAAGAGAGAAGUAAUAUACGAAAUAUGUCAGGCUUAUGAAAAAAUGAAGUCGGAAAAAGGUGAAUUUGAUUUGGCUGAUUUUGUCAUUGAUCUACACCGUCGGAUCAGGCAUGAAAAAUUUGUAGGCGAUCAAAUGGAUUUUGUUUAUAUUGAUGAAGUUCAAGAUCUCACCAUGAGCCAAAUUGCUCUGUUUAAGCAUAUGUGCAACAAUGUCGAAGAGGGUUUUGUUUUUUCUGGUGAUACGGCACAGACCAUUGCCAGGGGAAUUGAUUUUAGGUUUGAAGAUAUGCGACAUUUGUUCCACGAGAAGUUUUUAUUGGAAUCAAGAGGUAAUAAGCAGGAAAGAAAAGAAAAGGGACAAAUCUCAGAAAUAUUUCACUUGACUCAAAACUUCCGUACGCAUGCUGGCGUUCUGAAAUUAUCACAGAGCAUUGUUGAACUACUUUAUCAUUUUUUCCCUCAAUCUAUUGAUGUUUUGAAACCUGAAACCAGUCUAAUAUAUGGGGAAGCUCCAGUACUGCUUGAAUCCAGAGAUGAAAAUGCAAUCAUAAAAAUUUUUGGAAAUAGUGGAACUGAUAAUUCUAACAUAGUUGGCUUCGGAGCAGAGCAAGUUAUUUUGGUGCGUGAUGUUGGUGCUCAAAAAGAAAUUUUCAAAAUCGUUGGGAAGCAGGCUCUUGUCCUGACCAUAGUGGAAUGCAAGGGGCUUGAAUUCCAGGAUGUACUCUUGUACAACUUUUUUGGAUCAUCGCCACUAAAACAGCAAUGGAGGGUGAUAUAUGAUUACAUGAAGAAGAAAGAUCUACUUGAUUCAACAUUGCCUCGACCUCCAAGUUUCCGUGAAGGGCACAACAUCCUAUGCUCUGAACUGAAGCAAUUAUAUGUUGCUGUUACUCGGACAAGACAAAGAUUAUGGUUUUGCGAGAAUGGAGAAGAGUUCUCCAAGCCCAUGUUUGACUAUUGGAAGAAGAAAUGUCUUGUACAGGUUAGACAACUGGACGAUUCCCUUGCGCAGGCAAUGCAAGUUGCUAGUAGUCCUGAGGAGUGGAAAUCACGAGGCAUUAAGCUCUAUCAUGAACAUAACUACGAAAUGGCCACAAUGUGCUUUGAAAGAGCUGGUGAUACUUAUUGGGAAAGGAGGUCCAAAGCUGCUGGCCUUAAAGCUAACGCCGAUCGAAUGCGUACUUCAAAUCCUGCGGAGGUCAAGACCAUUCUUAAGGAAGCUGCUGAUAUAUUUGAUGCUAUAGGCAAGGCAGAUUCCGCAGCUAGAUGUUUUUCCGAUUUGGGAGAGUAUGAAAGAGCAGGUAUGACUCUUUAAUAACUGUUAAUUUUAGCUUUCCAGUUUUUAUAUGGGGCAUUUUGAUCCAAGUUCAAAAAAUUCCACUGUUUUCAAAUCAAGUCCAGUUUUAUUUGAUUUUUUAUUAUGUCUAUUUUUCCCCUUAGAGUAAAAAUAACAAUAUAUUCAUAUUUACUAAAUUUUAAUAUUUGAAUGCUUUAUCUACCCACUUUCAAAUAAAAGAAAACAUUUAAAAAUUCAUAUAUAAUAAAUAUGAUAAGUUCAUCAAAAACUAAAUAAUUGUGAAGGGUAAAAACCUGUGAUGUUAUUACUAUAAUUAAUCUGUAAUAGAGGUAGAUUAUAAAGAACAAAAACAUGUGAGGUAGACUAUGAACAAAUACCUAUGGUACAGGUAGAUAAACAAAAAUAUUAUCUACUUCCAGAUAUAUCUACUAUAUACGAAGACAAAUACUUUAUACCUGUGAACAAAAACCUAUAGUAUAUGUGGAUUAACAAUUAAUCUAAGAUAGAUUAUAAAAAAGAAUGUGAUAGAAGUAGAUAAAACACCAUUAAUAUAUAAUAGAGGUAAUGUAUAUGUAUAUAUAUAAGGUAGAUAAAUAGAAAAAUCUAUGAUACAGGUAGAUAAACACCAAUGAAAUCAAGUGUGGCAUCCAGAUAACUUUCCCACACCACACCUUGCCUAUGAGUCGCAAUCCCUUUAACCAUACUAAAACGGACAUGAGGACUGAAAUGCAAUUGAGUUUCCCUGAAUAAUAGCCGAAGCGCAGCCACCUGCAACUCAUGGAACAACAGGUUGCCAUCUUUGCUGCAAUAACUUUUGUAAAGGGGAAGGGAUGAUACUCCCACUUGAUGCCCAGCAACAGUCGCCAUAAACCUAUAAUUCUUACGGGAGAGUUGAAGUUAUCAUAUAAUGGAUUUGUUUAAAUCCUACCAUUAAGGAAUUCGUUCAACUAUUAAUCCCAUGAGGGAUUAUGUGCAUUUACAUAUUUAUAACAAUUUAUAAUUUUAGGGAUAUAUUGGUAUGAAAAUAAAAAUAUGUUGAUGUGCAAUCCUAGUCAUUGGAUCUAUUUCAUACAACUGGAUUAUUCCUAACAGUGCCUCACAAAAUUGGAUCUAUAUCAAUUUUUCCUAUUUUGGGUUUACUAUUUGUUGGACGUGAAUCUUCGUAUUUAUUGCUUGACUUAAUAUAUACUGGAUGCUCAUCUUUCUUCAAGUGCCGAUCGGUAUGUGUGGGAAGAAAUGUUGGUUGAUGAUCUGAUAAAGUGUUCAGCAAGUGGAAUACCUGAAAAUCAAGUUUCCAUGGACUCGUUGAUUUACUUCUGGAAUUUUUGGAAGGAUAAAAUUGCUCACAUAUUUGAAUAUCUCAGAUGCCUUGAAACCCAGGAAGUUAGUAAAUACAAAAGUUAUGGAGAGUUUUGCUUGAAUUACUUAGGAGUUUGGACAAUGGAUCUUAAUCAGAGUCCAGUUUAUGGUUUACUGAUUCCUGAUGCUGAUUGGGUUCGUGGUUUGAACAAAAGAUAUUUUGGAAAUCAAGGGAAAUUGAUCUCCGUUGAUGCUCGCCAGCUUGCUUCAGCCGCUAGAAAUUAUUGGAGUUCAAAAUUGCUCUCUGUUGGCAUGAAGGUUUUGGACAAGCUGAAAGUGCUCUACAAGUUUCCCGUCAAUAAUGCUGAGUCAGUGUUCUGUCAAAGCAGGUGCGUUACCUAUAUCUAUGAUGUCUCGGUGUAUCUUUUGCAAUCAAAAUGUUUGAACUUAAAUGAUGCCAAGAGAUUGCACAAAUUUAUAACAUUUUCGAUCGAAAUUAUUGUUCCUUUGGUAUUUCCUUUGGAUUGGAGGAAUUCAUUGAGGGAGAAUAUGAUUUCUCUUCGAAGAACUGAUGCUUCAAAGAAUAUGCUGAAACAAGUAAUUCAGGAGUUAACCAGAUCGAAGAAUGAGUUAUCUUUUGGGAAAAUUGGGAAACUUGUAAUGGUCAUUCUGGGGACUGGUAAGCUUACUAAUGAGCUGUAUGAGAAGCUUGUGAGAAAACUUAGCUGCAACCUGCCAUGGCAGGCUUUCAUCAAGAAUCUCUAUGGGAAUAUUGAACGUGGAAACACCGGUCAAGAACCGAAAGAGGUGUAUGUAAUGUUGAGGUUCCAUGAAGCUUUAGCUGAAACUUAUUAUGUGAACUGGAGGGCUGUGAAGGAUUAUGUAACACCUGGUUGCUUUUUAUACCUUGUAGAGCGCCUUCUGCUAUGGGCAACUUGCUUUCGGGGUUAUGCUAUCACUACAAGUUCUUGUUUUACCGAGUGGCUUAUAUACCAAGGGGAAGAUACCAGCUUAAGUUUGAGGGGGGCUGAUGUUCGACCAUCUUUGGAUGGCAUCUGUUGUUUUGUGAUUGAUGUGGCUCGGGAGUGCAUUUUCAAUAAGGGGGAUAUGGUUGAAUGGAUUACAAAGUCCAUCGAAGAUUGGAAGAACUGCUAUUCACUACUCAUGUUGAGAUUGGUCGUCUUGUUAUGCUUGGUUUAUGUGAAUCGUGGUAGUGGUCUAAAUUUACUCCGUGAGUUGGUGGAGAGGGAAGAUAUCACUGAACUGCUGCCGCUGGAGUUUUAUGACACCCUCAAAAGCAGGAGCCGCCGCAAAUCUGUUUGGUUAGAUGUGAAUGUGCUCGCGGCAGCUCUUAAGAAGGUCGGUAACACGUUAGUAAUAGCAAGUUUUGGGACCAAUUCGGGGUUGUUGUGUUCAGAUGCUGUCUUUGUUGACAUGAAGGCCAACCAGUCUAGGGAUGACAUAUUGAGAAAAUUGUUUCCUAAACCACCGGUCCUAAAAGCUUUGCAAGCUGGAUCUUGCAGUCGUGUGCUUUGUGCAACCAAUUCUGAGGAGGGGAAGACUGGCGCUGCAUUAGAUAAGCCACGCGACACUGGGGAAAGUCGCACUAUAUUGUGAAUCCAACAAGUCUCCAAAGUCUCCGCAAACUGAUGUUGCUUCUGUACCGAGUGCGACCAGGGACGGUCAAACUAUAGGCGAGGAGAAUCGCAUAUGGGAUGAGUCAAAUAUGUUGGCUGAUGCGGCUUCUGCUUCCCAAUGCACCGGAAACAAGGGGAAGACAGAACAAGAACAAGAUGGGCGGAAAGUAGCCCUUUAGACAUUAUAUAUAUGCAAUGUGAAUUUUGUUUUGGUGUGCAAGAACUUGAUGGCUCCUUUUAUGAUUAUUGUUUUUAACAUUUCAUUACAUGUUGCGAUGUUAGCUUUGACUAGAUAGAGUUGGUUGAAAAUGAAGACUCUAAUCACUAGGGCAAUCUGCUACUUUCAAAUAUUACAAUCCAAAACUUUCAAAUAUUCUCCA